AUGGCAGCAGAGCGCUCCAAGAAGAAGCGCAAGCGCGAUCAGGACGAAGCGAUAGCAAAGAUCAAGAAGGGCAAGGAGGCGAAGAAGAAGGCAUCCAAGAAGAAGAAGAAAGGCUCAGACGACGAAUCUGAUUUUGGCGACAUCAUGGACAUGUCUAAAAAGGCCCCCCCACCGCUACCAGGACAGCUGAAGCAUUGCGAGCUCUGCGACAAGCGCUUCACAGUCACGCCCUACAGCAAAGCCGGCCCGGAUGGUGGCCUGUUGUGCACACCUUGCGGCAAAGAGAUGCAAAAGGAAGCAAAAGCACAGGAGAAGGCGAAGAAGCCAGUAGUACGCAAAGGCCGCAGAAAACUGGAGAGCAACCGUCUCGACGGCUUGACGGUGCGCGGUCCCAAGACACUACAGCAGCUGUGCAUUGAGAUGCUCGCAAAGCACUCUGAGGACAUUGAUGAGCUGGGAGAAAUGCCCGAGGGUAUCAUGAACCGGAUCAGCGAGAUCUUUUCCAAAAAGCGCGCCAUGAAUUCGACAACCAUGAAGCUGUUCUUGCAGCCAGACAUGCAUUCAAUCGCAAUACACGAGGCGGCAUAUCUUGAGACUGAAGACUACGACCAGAUAUUUGCGGUGUGCCCGACGGUGAAGAGACUCUCGUUGCGCAACUGCUGUCAAUUCAAGGACAGCAAUAUCGACUACAUGAUCGAGAAGGGCAAGCAUCUGGAGGAGCUUCAGCUGCUAGGAGCCAACCUUGUUUCCAACGACAAGUGGAUCGAGCUUUUUAUCGCGCGUGGAAAAGACCUCAAAUCGCUGAAGGUGGAGUGGCUCGAUGCUGCUUUCGACGACCAGGUUGUCGAGGCUCUGGGCACAUUCUGUCCAAACCUCGAGCGACUCAAGAUUGAGCGAUGUAAGAAGCUCGGCGAAGACAGCAUCGACGCGAUUGCCCGCAUGGAGCACCUUCAGCAUUUGACGCUCCGCUUCUACAGCGAGAUCCCACACGAAAAACUUAUCAACCUCAUCACAUCUGUUGGCGCUAACCUGCGCACUCUGUGUCUCGAGCAUUUCCUUGACGCUUCUAGCGAGCCCACCGACGACGUUCUGGACACCAUCCACAACACCUGCCACAAAUUACAGAAGUUCCGCUUCACCGAGAACAACGAAUGCAGCGAUGCCGGCUACGUAAACUUGUUUAGCAAUUGGGACAAUCCGCCACUGCACUAUGCCGACAUCAACAGCACGCGCGACAUGGACAAUUCUAACCCCGACGGCCCGGAAGAUGAGCCUAUCGGUCUUGCCUCGAAUGGUUUCCGCGAACUCAUGGCGCACUCCGGUUCAAGGCUUGAGUUCCUCGACAUCUCAUCCUGUCGACACAUUUCACACGAAGCCUUUACCGAGAUCUUUGACGGCAGCAAGCAAUAUCCACACAUGCGCGAGAUCAACCUCAGCUUCUGUCCUGUCGUUGAUACCCAGAUCAUCGCUGGCAUCUUCCGCUCAUGUCCGCAGCUUCAGAAGGUGGUCACGUUCGGCUGCUUCCAGGUCGAGGAUGUGGUCGUGCCGAGGGGUAUUGUGCUGAUUGGCGCGCCCAAGGCUCAGGAUCAGAUCGAACAGUUUGGUGAAGUUGUGCUGGACUACCAGAGGGAGAUUGAGGCAGAGAUGAGCGCAAGGGGCUUGGGCAUGGGAAGGGUCGUGCCGGUUAUGGGAUAA